GAAAAUUUGCAAUCCUUUUUGUGCUGCUUCCGAGCUCGUAGAUGAAGAGGAAGCAUAAUGGUGAAAAACGACGCCGCGGACACAGCAAAUCUAAGCGGGACCAUGGACGGAUUGGCGACGCCGGAGAAGGAGCUUGGUUACUCCUUGGGGAUUCAAGCAGACGACGCCGUCAAAGGCGUCCUCGUGGGCUUCUGUUGCGCUGUAAGCUGGGAUCGCCACUGCAAUAGUGAAUGGGACAAAAGUGGAGCUGAAGACGCCGUCAAAGGCGUCCUCGUCGCCCUCGUCGGCUGCGCAGCAAGCUGGGAACGCCGCAAUAGUGAAUGGGACAAAAGUGGAGCAGAAGACGCCGUCAAAUGCAGGCAGUGUCGUGGAGGAUGCCCCCCAUGGAUAUGCCUUCAGUGAGGAUGUACCUUGGGAGGAUGCCCCUAAUGAGGAUGCACCUUGGGAGGAUGCCCCUAAUAAGGAUGCACCUUGGGAGGAUGCACCUUGGGAGGAUGCCCCUAGUGAGGAUGCACCGGCUCCGACUUCGUCGCUUAUCAGCUUUUGCGCCUUUCCACCGACUGUAAACACUGGGAAGCCAAAGAUGCCCAUGGGGUGCCGGCCAAUCCAGGCGCAUACCCCCUCGUUUGCGCCCAGCAGCGUAUUUGGGGCUAUAAUGGCGGCACCUUCCUCCAACCACUACAGUGCAGUGUCUGAAGUGAAUCAGCCCUUUGCGACCAACACGGCUGCCGUCAUUUUAAGGGAAGUUGGGGCGACGGCGGUGCUGAAGCGCGUGGGCCGACCGGAGCCCCUGACUCCGAAUCUAAGAAGAAUUGCCAUAAAUACCAUCGCCGACUAUUUCGUUAUGAAAAAAAUUCCACUGUCGAUAAGCAAAAGCCGGAAUUUGGAUAGAGAACUCUUGAGUCUUUUUCCCGGGGAUCAGGAAAGCAACUACAAAGUGAGCGAUCGGAGCCGAAUGUAUGUCAGGUACAACAACAGGAAGCGGCUAGAAAAGCACCAUGCUAAUGUACGACGUAAGCUCAUCUGGACCCCAACGACCAAUGAACCAUUUUCGCCGAAGACAUCGGUGGCCUCAUGGUCCCAGACACUGCCGGUUGAAUUUGACGACGUGCCAGACAAUAUGGAGUAGAACCAAAAAAAUGGAUUUUUCUGAAGAAUCCUCGUUUAAUUUCAUUAAUAUUUCUAUCAACAUAAGACUUUUUAUUUUCAACUUACAAAAUUCCUAAAAUAUAUAUGUAUAUCGCCGUAGUGUCCUGAUUUUCAUAGUUCAAUGUGAGGGGAUAUGGUCCCCCAGCAAUGGCAAUGCGUAUUCUGGCUGCUUUUUUGCCUGUGCAGUGCCCCUUAGUUAGUGGCAGGUAC